AUGGACUCCCCCGCCGUCACCCGCCUCUUUCGGGAGCUCUUCCGCCGUCCCGCGUGUCAAUCUCGCCGGCAUUGCACAACUGCCGCCGCCGCCGCCCUCCCGACUUUGAGCCAACAUCAACCUCGUCCUCACAAUCACCGCAACCACAAUGCCGUCGCAGCUGCAGCAGCACCGUCAGUGGCCAGCAAGGCCUCGUCCGCACCUCAACAACGGCGGCACUAUGCCGUAAAGACGUCCUCUGAGAGACUGGAAAAGACGAACGAAUCCAAGUGGCAGCAGCGGACGUCUAUCUUCCCGAGUGACCGCGCGGAUGAGUUCGAUACCUACCCGGUCCUCAGCGCACACGACUUGGCCGCCCGCUCGACGCGCCCGCGUAAGGUCAAAAUGCUCACUCGCGACUUCAUCGAGGAUAGCCUAUACAACCCAGCGUACGGUUACUUCUCCACACAAGCCGUCAUCUUCUCUCCCGGUCAACCCUUCGACUUCCCUGCCUUCCGUGACGAGCCGCACUUCUACCGCGAGCUGGGCCGGCGGUACACCGAGUUCGAGGACGAACUUGACGACAAGGAGGGGGUCAACAGUGCCCGUCCGCUUUGGCACACGCCCACUGAGCUGUUUAGGCCUUACUAUGGCGAGGCCAUCGCCCGCUACCUCGUCUCCAACUACCGCCUCACGACGUACCCCUACCACGAUCUCAUCAUCUACGAAAUGGGCGCCGGCCGCGGCACGCUCAUGCUCAACAUCCUUGACUACAUUCGUGACCUCGAUCCUCAGGUCUACGCCCGCACGCAGUACCGCAUCAUUGAAAUUUCCCCGGCCCUCGCCUCGCUACAGCGUCACCACCUCCUCUCGACCGCCGACUCGCGCGGCCACGCAUCCAAGGUGGAGAUCAUCAACAAGUCUAUAUUCUCCUGGUCGGAGCGCGUCCCCUCGCCGUGCUUCUUUCUCGCCAUGGAGGUGUUUGACAACUUUUCCCACGACUGCGUGCGCUACGAUCUCGCCACCGAGGAGCCCCUCCAGGGCUCCGUCCUGAUCGAUGCCGAUAACGACUUUUACGAGUUCUAUUCCCCGGACCUUGACCCCGUCCUCGCCCGCUUCCUCCGCGUCCGCCACGCCGCCACGGGAGGCCGCUAUCCAACCCCCUACCCGGCUAACCGCAUGCUGCGCCAACUCAAGUCGCGUCUGCCGCUGAUGCCGAACCUAUCAGAGCCUGAGUAUAUCCCAACCCGCCUGAUGCAGUUCUUCGACGUGUUGGAGAAGUACUUUCCCGCCCACCGCCUUGUCACGAGCGACUUCCACUCCCUCCCGGAUGCCAUUCCGGGCCUCAACGCGCCCGUCGUGCAGACGCGGUAUGAGCGCAAGACAGUGCCUGUGACAACGCCUUUGGUCCACCAGGGCUAUUUCGAUAUUAUGUUCCCGACGGAUUUUCAAACCAUGGAAGCCAUGUAUCAGGCCAUCACCGGCAAGCUCACGAGGCUCACAUCGCAUGGCGACUUCAUGCAACGAUGGGCGUUCCUCGAGGACACCCAGACACGCAGCGGAGAGAACCCUUUGCUCAGUUACUAUGAGAAUGCCAGCGUGCUGGUCACUGUAUAA